CAGUAUCCACGCGCAACCGGUGUGUGCCGACGUCUGCCACAUGCCGCCCGCGUCAGAUCGCGUCUACACGAACGAUCAAGGUCGUACGUCAAGGAAGAGAAUUAGAGUGUUGAACUUUUUGUCCCGAGUGAGAAUGGUGAAUCCGUGCGAAAGGCGUGCAGUAGCAUGCAUACUCCUGGCCAUAAUAGCGGUUGUGGCGGCUGCAUCGUACGACCGUGAGAGGCUGGAGAUCGCGAAGCAGAUCUUGGAAGAAGUCCCCCUCACCGAUGGUCACAACGACCUUCCGUGGAACAUCAGGAAGUUUCUGCGGAACCAGAUCAACGAUUUCGAGCUGGACACCGAUCUCACCGUCGUGGAGCCGUGGUCGAUCUCCAAGUACUCGCACACAGAUCUGCCGAGGCUCAGAGAAGGCAUGGUCGGGGCGCAGUUUUGGUCUGCCUUCGUUCCGUGCGCGACCCAAAACAAGGACGCUGUCCAGCUGACCCUGGAACAAAUUGACGUGAUUCGUCGUCUGAUUGACAAAUACCCUCAGCAUUUCCAAUUCGCCACUUCUGUCACCGAUAUCCUGCAAGCCCACAGUGCUAGACCGCGAAAGAUAGCUUCCCUUAUUGGCAUCGAAGGUGGACACUCCAUCGCUAACUCUCUCGGUGUCCUAAGAAGCUACUACCAGCUCGGAGUUCGAUAUAUGACCUUAACACACACCUGUAACACACCAUGGGCCGAUUCGUCCAACGAACCACCGGUCACUAACGGACUAACGGAGUUUGGAGAGAAAGUGGUGAAGGAGAUGAACCGUCUCGGCAUGUUGGUGGACCUCUCGCACGUCAGCGAGAACACCACCAGAGCUGCUAUCAAGAUCUCGAAGGCCCCGGUCGUCUUCAGUCACUCCUCUGUCUACAGCCUUUGUGCGCACAAAAGGAACGUACCCGACGACAUUAUACAGUCUUUGAAAGAAAAUGGCGGCAUCAUCAUGGUGAACUUCUUUCCCGACUUCGUGAAAUGUGCUCCGAACGCUACCCUGUCAGACGUCGCCGAACACUUCCAUUACAUCAAGAGGAUGAUCGGAGCGGAGUAUGUGGGCAUCGGUGGUGACUUCGACGGUGUAAACAGGGUCCCCCGUGGUCUAGAAGACGUGUCCAAGUACCCUGAGCUCUUCGCUGAGCUACUGCGCAGCGGCCAAUGGAGCGUACAGGAGCUGAAGAACUUGGCUGGUCUCAACAUGAUGAGGGUCAUGCGCCAAGUUGAGAAGGUCCGCGACGAGAUGAGAACCAACGGAGUGGAGCCAGAGGAACAUCCAGACUCUCCUAACGACAACGGGAACUGUACCAGCAAUGCUUUCUACACUGAAUAUGUUUAAGUCAUACAUUGUUUUGCCCAUAGAUUUCCAUAGCAUCUUAGGCAUAUAAGCAGACCAAAUUGGACCUGGUGACAUUAGUGGCCAUCACCUUGUCACAUAUAUGUAAUUACUUACUAUUGAAUGAAAGAAAAAAAAACAAGUGGUGUAUUCUAGAACUUUCCACAGCUACUUGAUAAUAGAUGGCGUUAGUUGUUAGUUCUCGUGUGAAAGUAAUAUUAUGUUACAAUCUUAAAGUUAAAAGCCCAUUAGAAUUUACUUUGUAUGACCCGCCGAGUUUAAUAGGCUUCUCGCGCAGAAGACGUGAUAUUAUCGGGCUAGUACAUUUCCAGCGGUGGUAUUAUACUAAGUAAAUUUCAUUAUAAUUCGAGUACAAAGAGGGUUUUGUCCUCCCUGAUUUUUAGCAACCCAUUAUCAUCCCACCAUUCGGCAUAGAGGAUUAUUGAUUAACAAUUCAAUGUUAGAUAUCAGUAAGGUACAUUUCUCUCUGCCUAACUUUAAAUGGAGAAGACGUGAUAUCAGUAAGGUACAUUUCUCUCUGCCUAACUUUAAAUGGAGAAGACGUGAUAUCAGUAAGGUACAUUUCUCUCUGCCUAACUUUAAAAGGAGGAGAGAACAGAAUUAAAAUAAAAAAUGUACAAUUACGAAGGAACUAUAAUUAUUUAUAUCAGUUUUAUUUACGUAUUGACUUCAGUGUUGCCCCACUAGCUUCAAACUCCAUAAAAGUCCUUUUUCAUAAGCACAGUAUGACUCACGAUAGUUAUUACACUACAAUUAUAUAAGCAAUUUAAAAAUCAGAAAUCGUAAACAUUUUUUUGUUAUAUACUGUUUAAUUAAUUUUGUAAAAUUUGAGUACUUAUUCGUCCCUGAAUAAAAAAUCAAUGAAAUUUAUAUUUUAUAAUGGAAAUAUUUUUGCUUCACAGAACAUAUAUUUUAACCACGCACGACAUAGUUGUAGUUAGUUAGUUACAAAUUACGGCCGUUUGUUAUUGAUUUACUCAUAAUAUCGUUAACAAAACCAAAAUAUAGACGUUUUUGUCACAGAAUUAUAAGUAAAUGAGUAAUGCAAUCUAAUAAUAUUGAUUCGAUCAAUAUGAAAUUAAUUAUUUCCAUACAUAAUAAUACCCUUUCUAUAAAAACAAAUGUACUAUAAGUAAAAAAAUAAAUUGCUGCGUUACAUAAAAAGAAAUUUUACACUAUAAAUAUUGAUGUAUCCCACGUUAUUAAGUGUUCAUCCAAACACGAUCCCCUUAAUUUUCUUCCCCGUAGAUUCCCAUCGACAAAUUUAUUACCUAAACCGCUCCGUAACGAAAUUCGCAUUUUCAUAAAUUUUCUUCUAUAAUUGGAACGUCAUAUUCGUAUCCGUGUCAAAAAAAAGGUACGCCGCAAACUCGUGUGAUAGAUUUACGCUGAUAAAUAAUUAUGUUCCGUGCUAUGUUUACGGCUGCCUAUCUUCACGGUAUGCCCUUCAUGGGAUAGGCAGAGAGAACUAGUAGUAUCUAUUCUUUUUUUUAUUAUGCUCUUCCAUUUUCAUUUACAAUGUAAAUAUAAAUUACAUUACGAAGUACGUAAUGUAAUUUACAUUUUUGUGUAAUUGUAAAGUAAGAAUAUCAUUAUCAUAAACGAACGUAUCAUUUAUUACAGUGAUAUUUUUUCUUAAAAAUAUUUUUUUUAAUUGCUUCUUUUAAAUAACAGAUAUCUUUUUGACUAAUAAAAAAAAACGAUCGAAAAUAUACAACAUCACCAACGUCUCAAUUUUGGACCGCUUAUGUGUCUGCAUCUAUGAAAACUCUCAGACCGUCAAAACACCGCCAUUUUACGUCCUCUAUUACUGUUAUUUUGAAUUUGUCAAUUUACAUUAAGAAAUCACAAGUCUUUUUAAUUAAUUGCAUAAAAAUAAAUUCUAUUAAUAAAUGUUACGGACCACUGUCUAUUAUAAAUAUGUAAUAUUGAACAAUUUUUGAAUUGAAUUGAUCAGUCCUUUUAUAUUACAUAGAAAUAUAAAUUCAUGGGUUGACAACCGUCGGCUAAAAUCGUAAAACAUUUUUUUUGUUUUAAUAAAGACAAAGGUCACGGGAUGUCAUUUAUCCAAAUCCGUUCGUACGCGGGUUUUGACGGGUGUAAUAACCGCGAUAUUGAAUUUGACAGGUAAAUCCAAUUGAUGUGUUUAUAAAGAGAUAAAUAUUUUGUAUCUAUGUUAACCCCAAAACAGCAGUGUAUAGGCGUAUUACGUGAACGACCGGGUAUCCAGUGGACUUCAAGUCGUCACGUAAGUCUCUCUUGGAAUAUGAUUGUCGCAUCCGAGGGUUUGAUUAAAUAACACACCCAUGAUAUUAUGGUGUGGUCUAUUUGUCAACUUUUUUAAUUAUUCUAUACAUUGUUAUUGUGUUUAACUUGAGUAAAUAUACCAGUAUAAUAAUUAUCAAAAAUUCGUUUAAAACGAAUACAAAAAAAUACAAGCUUAUUUUAAGCAUUUUCCAUUUUGAAAUUGAUUAAAAAUUUACAAAUUAAUUUAUUAACUCUAAAAUGUUUUCAACCUCUGACACACUUUGUACUGUCUCUGUCUGUCCCGUUGUAGACUUAAUUAUUUCCAGUAGGUCUAUAUAAUAAAGGUGGAAAAGCAUUUUAGCCGCAUGCGUCACAGUAUAAGUCACUCCCAUAUUUUAUAUUGGAUCUACUCACACCACUACAGUUUUAUAAUACAUAUAUAUUUUACCCUACCAUAAAAGAGCUUUAAGAUUUUUUCACAUUGUGUAAUAUUUCCAAUAUACAACAAAAAUUGGGGUCGAUUCGCCCCAUUUUCCAACACAGGUCCGAAAAGCCCCACUAAGUGGCAUGUGUAAAGCUUCACCCGCACACCACGUAGUGCAAAGCACACACAUAUACCUAUUUAUAAUCCUCGCAACAUAAUGUAAACUUGAAACAUGUACGUCUGGAAAUUUUGCUGUGCAAUUUGCAUUAAUCUGAGUGUGUUUCUGUGUACCCAUUUCUCUAAACUACGGGAUGCGACACCGAUGUCCUUAAAUAACUGUAAUGUUUUACCCUUAGUGUUGGUAAUAACAGAUCUGAACAGUGGAGUUUAUGAGAAAGCGUUAAAUGGAAUGUUAUUUUAUUAUUUGUAUUUCAAUAAUCCACUGCUGGGCAUAGCAUGAAUACAAAUAACAAUAUUUUUUUUAAAGUUUGUUUAAAACAUCUAUAUCGGAUCUUUGGGCGUUUCACACCUCACAAUGUAAAUUGCCUUGGCCGUGCCUCACAAUGUAAUUUUUUUACUGGGAUUGACCACAGUAUGUUCUUUUUUCAAAAGAAAUUAUGAUUAUAAAAAUAAAUGGAAUCCAAAAGUUCUAUUAUAAAAGAAAUCGUAAACAGUUCGAUACGUGGUCCGAAAAGCUCCACUGAUCUACUUAAGGUGCGAAUGACACAUGGUGUGAAACACCCCAAAGACACCUAUUGAUUAGACUUCUACUGAGAACAACUCAGUGAAGAUUGGUCUGAAUUGGAGUACAGAUUUCUCAUACGCUCGAUUGUUGAGUUUCUGAUUUAUAAAUGUCAGUGUUUGUAGAUGCAUGAUAGAUGUUCACUGUGGAUAAGCACUUCUUCCUUCUCUCACUGAUCAGUACUCUUUUGGGGUCACAUAUCAAAUCUACUGUGUCGCACGUUAUUGGAUACGCUCUUUCAUUUUUAACUUUUCAUUUUUAGCUCAUACCGAAGCGUACCAAAGUGUGGCAAAGUGAUUAUCUGUCAGUUUUAAAAAAUAAAUCACAUAUUUUCAAUAUAUGUGCUUAUUUAUUCAUUAAAUAUACUAAGUAAAAUGGUAAUCAUACAAAAAGAUUAUUAUAAAAUAAAAUAAAAUAAAAAAUAAACCUAUCACAAAAAAAAAUUUGAUUUUGGUAGCAAAAAAACGUAUUUGAUAACUUCAAAAGCAAUAUAUGUAUGAAGUAGGUGCAUAAUUUUUAAUGACAGGUUUACAUAUUUUGAACAGCUUAUUUUGUAACCUUUUAGUUUACUUCAACGCUGGACGCUUUCUAAAUAACCAAUAAGAAAUUUGUUCAUUUUUUAUUACAAAUUGACAGAUAAUUAUGACGUUGCUAGUCUUCGCUAUAAAUUUGGUAUGAACCCUUUUAAAGGCGACUAUGUUUCUUCUAAUUAUUCAUACGUCUAAAAGACGCCAUCUUGGUUUUACCUUUCUUCCGCCUUCACCUAAAGUUGCAUUUGACACUGAGCGUACUGUCAAAACGUAGAUAGUAUAAUUUGUAACAGAAAUUAUUUUAAAUUGUCAAUAAUAUAAUUAAUAAUAUAUGAAGGGCAAGAUAAAGAGAGAGUGAAAAAUAAUAAAUCGCGUAUUAAAAUAUUUAAUUAAAUGUACUCGAUACCACGACAGUUUAAUUAAUUUUCAUUUAAUCGGUUCAUUUAUUAAAUUAAAUUUACUCAUAAUUAUUAUAAUAGCGAACAACUCGCAUCAUAAUCUGACAUAUUGAAUUGGAUUUUACAUUGGUAUUCAGGGAUAUAAAUUUAAAUAUAUGUCAAUCACUAAUAUGGAAUCGAAUUCGUAUUCACGUUGCUUUAUAUAUUUAAAUUGUGUUUCUUAUUUCAACAGCUGAAUAUUUAUAUACGUAUUAUAAUUUAAUAAUUUAUAAUACCAAAAUAUAUAUAUAUUUAUGUUAUAUAUAUACAAUAUUAAAAUAUAUUUUGUUUUAAUGGUUUUACCAUAAUAAUACUAUUUUUCUUUAAAAGUUUUAAGGUGACUCUUAAAUAUGCUUUAAUUCAGUAUCUUUUGGACCUCAUACCUCAUAAGAUAUAUAAAACAACAACAUAUUCAUUUAAAAUAAACUCUGUAGUAUAUCAAUUGUCCUUUAUUGUCGUGACUAUUGAUUACAUUUAUAUAAAUAUAUUGAAACGAAUUAAUAAAACAACAAAAAUAUUUUAUUUACAAUUUGUGAUUGAAUAAAUAAAAAUGAAUAAAGUAUCUCGUUUUAGGGACGUAGAUAGAAAAUAAAUUUUAACAACGUUAAAAAAAAAUGUUAUUCGUUUGAAAUAAAAUAAGGGUUUCCAAUGGAUUUCCGUAUUAUUUCUAUGGUAGUUUAAAAAAGUCGAGUAAGCGAUUUGAAUUCUGUUCCUAUUCAAACUGGAUUAAACAUUAUUUAGCAAUGUUCAUUUAUUUAACAUUGUUAAUUAAAUUACGUUUAUUCAUUUAUGUAAUGUAAAUGUGUGCGAUUGUUUAUUUUGCAAAUUAGCACUGCACGUUUGACAUUGACAAUGUCAAAUCAUUAAUGUCAGAUGUGACAGCCAAUGUCAAACGGUGCAUUGAUGCUUGAGCACAGUUCAUAAUUAUUUCUCUAACAAUAUAAAAUGCUCAUACGCGUGCCAAAUGCAGUAAUAUCAUUUUAAUUAAGCUGUAAUUUUUAUACUCCUAUGGUCCUAUUAUAAUAAUUGUCGCUUUCAUUUUGAUAUCAUUGUACUGUAGUGAGGGGUGUCCACGGUUUGUGUCUUUGCAUUCAUCACUACAUGUACAAUAUUUGAUUUGUCAAAUGUAUGGAAUAAUGCGUGAUAAGAUGGAUGUCAGUCCCGAAAUUGUGGUCGUUAUAUCGUCGUGCUGUGAUGAUGAUGUAAGUAAAUCGUGAAUUUCCAGGUUUUAUUUUUUUUUUUAUUUUCACUUUUAAAUAAUAUUUAAUUUCUAUACUAAUACCUAAUUUUUAUACUGAUGCUGUGAACAGCAACAGCCAUUUAGCAAUAUCAUUGAUGACAACAUGUAAAAUGUAUAGAAUUGACAUAAGAAGAAGUGUAUUCAUGUGGUCAAAAUGCGCCAGCUAAUAUCAAUUUUAUACAUUUUCAACUGGCCUCAAAUCUUUUUAUGUUUAUUACCUCAUAACUCCGUCAAUUGUAAACCGAUUUGGAAAAUUAUUUUUUUAUCUGUUAGGAUAUACGUACAUAUGAGUGCCACAGAUACUUUAUAAAAAUCAAUUCAUUAGUUUAGUUUUUAAAUCCAAGUAACUUCUUUUAUCACAAAUGAUAGUGAAAAUCGGUUUAUAUUUGUUAAUAGUAUACUACUUUAACUAUAUUCCCCAAGCAUAAUUGCUCCAUGUUUUUAGACGUCACAUAAUACAAAACUGAAUUCCUAACUGAAAGAGCAAGAAUUUAUUGUAAAACUGUACACAUAAAUAUUAUCUGAACCAGUAGAGUUUAGGAGGUGACUAAAGAAUUGAAAGACAAAAUAUUGUUUCCGGACGAGUAAUAAAAAAAAAAUCCGCUGAUUUAUUAAAAAUGUGGUGAAGGGUAUCAUAGAUACAGAUGGCACAAUCUAAUUUGGAACUGGCCAGUCUUAUCACGCAUUAAACGUCAACAAUCAUAGAUAUACAAAAAAUCCAAGAUAUACAGCCAGGUAGUAAAAGACGGUACUGAAAAUAGUCUGGUCUUAGUAUGGGCAUCUCAAAUCUUUUCAUUGUUUUUCUACUUAUUUGUAUUGUUUGAGAGAACUGAUUUCAUUUUGUUCACACAAAAUUCACACAUCACAUGCUUGGUAACGGAAACUAAUUUUUUAAUAAAUAUAUUAAUAUCAUAACGAAAUGUAGAGGGCAGCACAUGUUGGAAGGCAUUAGGGAAGAUCUGUAUUCAGUAGUGGAUGGAUACAAGCUGAAAUAAUAAUUGCAAGUUUCUAUAACUUGGAUUUCUUGUACAUCUAUAUUUACAAUAUUAUAAUUACUGUUGUCUAUAUGACAAUAAACCCUCCACGUCGUAUGGGAUGACCUAUCACGGGAUCGUGCUGUGAAAAUAUUUAAUAUUUAAAUAUAACUAUAAAAUAUAAUGAUAUUGUGGAAAAAAAAAAAAUACUAUUUCUUAUAAAUUAUGACUGAACAAUUUUUGAACCUUUAUUGACUAGCGUGACUAAGUGUUUUGUCUCAAAUCUGCCUCUUAUUUUGUGAUUCUUUUUUAACAAUAUUGAAUCGUAUUGAAUGGAUUCUUCUAGCGCAAGCGCACAUUUAUCCCGCUAGAUGGCGUUGUUUAGUAAUGGUCAAAGAUCUAUUUAAAUGAUCGAAUUUGAGUAUUGCACCGGCAAGAUGGCAAUUUUAGAUUGAAAAUGUUCUAAAUACAAAAAAUAUAACGUUGUGCACGACGCGAUCGUGCCAUUGAUAAUGAUUUAUUGAUGUUUUGUACUUAUGAACGUUUUUGUUUAUAAUUAUUAUGAAUGCCUCAUUUUAUUUUUAUACAAUUUAAACAAAUCUUCACCACAAAAUUCUUACUGUAUUAACAACGAAAAUUAAUACCAAUUUGUUUUAAUCCCUCACGUAUGUAGCGACUUGCUUAUUAAUAAAAUAGAAAUUAAAGACAAGAUAUUUUUAUUACUUGUUCUGCAAAUAAAUGGAAAUCUUUGACAAAUAAAUAUCAUUGCAUAGACAAGUUACAUUUAUAGCUUCCAUAGUUGAUAAAUAACGAAAUGAGCCGCAAGGAAUCGACCUUCUGUGUAGAGAGGCGAAUUAGGUAAAUGGUUCCCUACGACGACAAAAUCUUGUUUACUAACCUGAUUAGGUAUAUUGGGAAUUAAAUGCUCCCUCCAGUGCCCAAUGUUGGCUAUUUAAGUAGAAAACUUUGAACGAGGAAAGGAAACCCAAAUAUAUAAUUGAGUUAGUAAAUAAAACGUCCUUCUAAAUAAUGAAUUGUCGUAAACAUCGACCUGUGAAUUAGAGAGAAAUGGACGGGAGGAUAAAUAAUGAGUCUACAACAAUAUUAAUCCACUUACAAUGUUGGCUACAAGUCAAGUUACGUUAGUAAACAAUAAUAACUAAGCUGAGUUCUUUAGACUGAUACCUGCUGCUGAUUUUGACAACUGUACAACAUAUCACAAACUAAAGUUCCAUCCCAACCAUCUGGAUUAGUGGCGGUCCCUCACCGUGCGUUUUUAAGACACUUUCUUCCACGCGCAACCACUCUUGGAAUCAACUUCCAGCAACAGUAUUUCCGAACAGAUACGAAAUCGUAAUCUUCAAGAAAAAAAAAAUUCCUUAUUAAAAGGCCGGCAGCACACCUGCAAUGCUUCUAGUGUUGCGGGUGAUCAUGGGCGGUAGUUACUUACCAUCAGAUGAGCUGCUAGCUCGUUUGCCCCCUGUGUUAUAAAAAAAAUUCACAUUUUUUUUCUACCGCAACUAAAUGUACACAUUUUCUUCGUGUUUGCAGUCAAUGGGCCUGAUGUUAUUAGCCCAAAAUCCCACUACGCCAAUAUCGCUGGCAAGUCAAGUGAAAAGGGACGGGCAAGGAACUCUUCCGUUACUCUUUGAAUUGUGCAAUUCUGUAUAUUGGUUUGCUCCCUGUUUUAUAAAGAAAAAAAAACAUACUUUAUUCAAAAUAAUUUCAAGACGGUAGACGGUAAAAACGGUAGGGGCCAUUUUAAGUAAGGUCGAAUAUUAAAUAAGGAAAUAGGCAGAGUUUUAUGUUCGAGACUAAAUGCCUCUGCUAUAUGCAUACAUAGUCGACGAUUCGCCAAUAUAUUUAUUUACGAUCUUGGCAACAAAUCAAGCGGCGUAAUGCCUAAAACAAAACAUCAAUAAAACAUCACUCGAGCGAAAUAGAAUAAAAACGGAAUCCGUGAUAUUCGAUAAAACAUAUUUCAGUAAAGUAAACGAGUUUGGAUGUGCGCUUGUGUUCAAAAGGUUGUUCGGCGCAUUGCUCCAACCCCCCACUGAGGGCUAAACAGUAGGCCCUCUGUCUUCAAAAGUUCGUCUCUUACACACUUAAACACUAUAGCAACGCGCCGAGCAACAUAAUUUCAGAACUGCUUAUAUUUAAUACAUAACUUGAUAUUAAACAUUUGCUGUAUACAA